AUGGCAUCCGAUCCGUACAAGGCCAAGAACAAAGACGAGCCCGGUCUCGAAGAGAAGAUCAAUGCCCUCAAUGACUUUAUCAGGUCCUCCAAGUUUGGCAUGAUGACCACGCGCAUCGCGGACUCUGGUCUGUUAGUAUCGAGGUGUAUGGCUCUGGCUGCUCAGGAAUCCGGCGGAGUCGACCUCCUCUUCCACACCAACACCUCAUCAGGCAAGACCUCCGACCUCUCGUCAGACGAGCACGUCAACAUGUCCUUCCUCAACUCCUCGGGCAGCUGGGCCUCCAUCUCGGGAACGGCCAGCAUCAUCACGGACCGAGACACGGUGAAAAAAUACUACACACCCUCCCUCAAAACCUGGCUCGGGGACCUGGGCGACGGCACCCACGACGGCAGCGAGAACGACCCGCGCAUCGGCGUCAUCAAGCUCAAGGCCUUGACGGCGACGUACGCGCUGCCGAAGGGCACGAUGCUCGGCAGAGGGGUCGAGAUGGUCAAGGGCGCAGUCACGGGUGAGGUCGCAAACGUCAACGAUCUGCGCGAGAUUAAUGAGCAGGAGAUGGAGCAGUGGCGGAGCUCGCACUAG